AAACACGGAAAAGGCAGAACGUGUUUCUCUCUCUCUCGCCCACCCUCAGGACCGCCCAUGGCAAACGAGGCUCAUCCCUGCCCGUGUGACAUCGGGCACCGGCUGGAGUACGGGGGCAUGGGCCACGAAGUCCAGGCGGGGCACAUCCAGGCCUACGUGACCCGGUCCCCCGUGGACGCGGGCAAGGCUGUGGUCAUCGUUCAAGACAUAUUUGGCUGGAAGUUGCCCAACACCAGGUAUAUAGCCGACAUGAUCGCAGGAAACGGAUACACAGUCAUCGUUCCAGACUUCUUCGUGGGUCAGGAGCCCUGGAGCCCCUCUGGUGACUGGUCCAUGUUCCCCGAGUGGCUGAAAACCAAAAAUGCCAGGAAGAUCAAUAGAGAGUUUGACGCUGCCCUGAAGUAUCUGAAAGAACAGUGUCACGCCCAGAAGGUGGGCGUGGUGGGCUUCUGCUGGGGCGGCGUCGCUGUCCACCACAUCAUGGCCACCUACCCCGACGUCAGGGCUGGGGUGUCACUCUAUGGAAUUGUCAAAGAUUCUGAAGAUGUCUACAGCUUAAAGAACCCCACGCUGUUCAUCUUCGCAGAGAAGGACGCGGUGAUCCCCCUCGAGCAGGUCUCUUCGCUGACCCAGAAGUUGAAAGAACACUGCAAAGUUGAAUAUCAGAUUAAAACAUUUUCUGGGCAAACUCAUGGCUUUGUGCAUCGGAAGAAAGAAGAUUGUUUACCCGCUGACAAGCCCUACAUUGAUGAAGCCCGAAGGAAUUUAAUCGAGUGGCUGAACAAGUAUGUUUAGCCAUGACCGGUGAUCAAACACAUACUUGCAUGAAAGAGGUGCAUUAAUAAAUUGCCAUGUAUUCAUUUUAGAUCAUUUUUCUUUUACUUUCUAUAAAAUUUUGGAAUUCUGAAAUUUAUUUCACCUGAAUUAUAUUCAGUAGGAACUGUUAAUAUAGAACAAUAAUUUUUUGGCAUAUGUGUAUAAACAUUUAUUGAACAACAUAUAAUGAAAAGAUGGGGAGAAAAGAAAAAUCUGGGUUCCUAGAAACUCUUCAAGAAAGGAAGAGAAACAGAAAUUGCCCGGGUAGGAGAAACCACCUAAUGUAAUGAGUUUAGUUCCUGAAACUCCUGAUGAUAUGAGGAUGCUUAGAAAUGUAGUUUCCCUCCACCUUUCUUCUUAUGUACAUUUAAUCAGUUUUAACAAAAAAAAAAUUCCCAAUAUCGAAGGAAAUAACAGUAGGUGUAAGAUAAAAUCCUGUAUCAGUUUUUCAUAGUUAGAAGCUGCCACUUUCAGAUGGAACUCAACCGUGAAUUAUAGAUCAUGUUGAAAGUACUUUUUAA